CUAGAGAUUCAGAGUACUGCCACUGUGGAUCUCAGUGCUGUCUGUUUACCGGCUGCUGCCUUUUCAUCCAUCCGUCAGGUUGAGGUGCUAUGCCAUCCUUGACUGAAAAUGUGCUGUUUGGCAUGGGAAAUCCCCUUCUUGACAUCUGUGCUGUCGUGGACACAGAUUUCCUUGAGAAGUAUGGGCUGAAGGCAGAUGACCAGAUCCUGGCUGAAGAGAAACACAAAGACAUGUUUGCUGAACUUGUGAAGAAGUUCAAAGUGGAGUAUCACGCUGGUGGCUCUACCCAGAAUUCAGUCAAGGUGGCUCAGUGGAUGAUUCAGAAGCCUCAUAAAGUAGCCACUUUCUUUGGGUGUAUUGGAAAAGAUAAAUUUGGUGAAAUUUUGAAGAAGAAAGCGGAGGAAGGCCAUGUUGAUGCCUAUUACUAUGAACAGGAUGAACAGCCAACAGGCACAUGUGCUGCCUGCAUCACUAAGGACAACAGGUCAGCCACUACUUUGAAGAAAGUUGGUUUAAGGUCCCUUGUCGCUAAUCUGGCAGCUGCAAAUUGUUACAAAAAGGACCAGCAUCUGGACAAGAAGGAAAAUUGGCAGUUGGUGGAAAAGGCCAAAGUUUAUUACAUUGCAGGAUUCUUUGUCACAGUAUCACCGGAAUCCAUACUGAAAGUAGCAUCUCAUGCCGCAGAGAAAAAUAAAAUCUUCAGCCUGAGUCUCUCUGCACCGUUCCUAUGCCAAUAUUUUAAAGAGGACCUGAUGAAAAUUCUCCCCUAUGUCGAUAUCCUGUUUGGAAAUGAGAUGGAGGCUGCCACUUUUGGUGGAGAGCAAGGCUUUGAGACCGAAGAUAUUAAACAAAUUGCCAAGAAAGCACAGGCUUUGCCAAAGCUGAAUGAAAAGCGACAACGUAUUGUAGUUUUCACCCAAGGUAAAGAGGACACCAUAGUAGCCACAGCUGAUAAGGUGAUGUCCUUCCCUGUCCUACGAAUUAAGCAAGAAGAUAUUAUUGACACGAACGGAGCUGGUGAUGCUUUUGUAGGAGGGUACCUUUCACAGCUAGUCUACAACCGACCUCUUGAGCAAUGCAUCCGUGCUGCUCACUAUUCAGCAAAUGUCAUCAUCCAGAAUUCAGGUUGCACAUUCCCAGAAACGCCUGACUUUCAUUGAUGUUUCAUUGAAUUCGUGAGAUUGGGGAAAACUAUUCUGUUUUAACUAUAAGACACAGGGUUGCCACCUAUUUAAUAACUUCUCCUAAGGCCUGCAUUGAGAAAUCUGUACUUGGUUUUUAUUCAUUUUAUUGUCUGUCUUGUACUAUUAAAAACAGAUUCAGAGAAAAAUCUGCACAUAGUAUUUGUAACAAAAAAACAAAAUACAGUUCUUUCUGUAAGAAACCAUCUAGUUUAGAUUUCAAUGAAUGUUGAUCAGUUGAUUAUAAUAUCUACUUUCUAGGAAUUAUGAUAGGUCAAAAAUGCAAAGUAAAAUAAUUAUUUGACCAUUGUCUAUAGAACACUUCAAUGUGGAUGUCUGUUUUGUUUUAUUCUUGACAGAACCUUUAUCGAAACUGAAACUAAUAGUGAGUUACUCAUUUCAAGCUGUCUGUUUGCUAGUAAGUAGUUGAAUGGUAUCAUUGUGAAAUAAUCCCAUUUUAGCAAGUUGCCUUGUUUUGGGCAUUCUUCAUAUAAUGAGCAGACUUGUAUGUUGAGAAAAACUGAAAAGAGGUACAGAAAUAUUUAUGCAGGCUAAUCUAUGCUAUGACAUACCAAAUCAAUCUGUAAAUGCACAGUUUUUAAAAUCUUGAUGUUCUGUAGUUAUUUGGGCAUUGUAGUAUUGUGUUCAAACAAACUGCUGUACACUCUGAAAACAUUCUUAUCUUUAUAAUUUGUUUUUGACAAUAAACAAAGAUUCUCAGAAA